AUGCCAAAAGCUACCCUUACUCGUAGUAACUCCACUCCAACAAAGAGAACAGCAGUGUCUGGUAAAGGUAGCGGAAAGAGGACACUUGUCGAUAUACUUGAUGAAGACCUCGCUGCAAAACGCAUAAAACCAAAUCAGGCUUCGUCUUCCACAGACCUUUCUCUUCUCACACAUUCAAGGUUUUUUUCCUCUCCAUUAACGUCAAAACAACAGGUGGAACAAGCCGCAGACGAUUUGAUGCCCAGUUCACGUAUCCCAUAUCCCCUAUCUGACAAAGAAAACCUCCCCGAUCGUGCCGAUAACGUUAUUGUGGUCGAAGAAUUGGACGAAAUUCUUGAUGAGCCCCCGGAUCCCGUCACACAAGAAGACGGGUACCUGUCACCUUCCCCAUCCUACUUCCGAUCGGCCACACCUGAUCUCUCUUCACCUGUACGGCCGUAUAACCCCGCACGGCAUGAUUAUGGCGACGGAGACGACUUCGGCGCGGAUAUCAUCCCCAGCCCCACGGCAGUGAGAACAGUCACGCGUGCCUUGCAUCAAUGUUUACCGCCCAAGAGAGACAAAGUUAGUAUCCUCGUUCGGGAAACGCCGCCGCCGAUGAAUGGUAUGGAUGAAAUUGAAGGACCUGACUUGCGUGAUAUUCUCAACAUUGAAGCACCUGGAGAUAUCGAUGGCAUCGAUGAUGACAUAAUUACUCUAGCAUCAUCAUCUUCUGGACCUAUUACUCCGGAAGACAGCGGUACGAAUGACGAAUUUGACAUAGAUGGAUCAGCUGAAGAAUAUACAGUGACCGAGGCAAGUGCACGUGCAAAACGCACAGAGAUAGUCGCCAACGGGUGGUGGAAUAAGUGGGCCCUGAACAAGGACCUACGCCCUUCAGUUCGUAUUAACUUUCCGUGA